AGAGAGAGAAAGAGAGAGAGAGAGAGAGAGAGAGAGACGAAGUGAGACAGAGAGCGAAAGAGAGAGAAAGAGAGAGGGAGGCAGGAGGUGAGAUGGCGAAAGAGAAAAAGAAAGAGGGAGGGAGGGGAGAAGAGAAAGAGAGCAAACAUUUGAGGUGAUUGAUUAGGUUGAGUGAAAGUUCUUUGAACUAUCUUCUCUCUCAUAGUUCUUUCAUCUCUGCUUCUCUUUCUCUAUCUCUUUCUAUUUUAUUUCAUCAUCAUCAUCAACAUCAUCAUUCUCAUGAUAGGGUACAAUGAAAGGAUAUGGAUUAAGAUGAAUUUCUACCACCGAUGAGUCGAAGUGAAUCUAUGCCAGUUUAUGUUGUGUAGUUUGUUUUUUUCUUCUUCAUCACCAUCAGCAUCUUCAUCAAUUCUCUGAAAACAAUGUUUCUUCAGUAGAGAGAGAAGAUAAAAUUUUAUUCUAUUUGUUUUCCUUUUCACCAUUUUCUACCUUUUAUUGAUUGUUCGCAAUAUUUUCUAAUAUUUAUCAUCCAAACAAAUUAUUGUAAAUUAUUUAUUCUCCUUGACCAAUGUUACAUAAACACCUUGAUGACCAUCAACAGUUAUAAUAUCAACAACAACAAGUAAACAUCAUCAUCGUUAAUUUCAAGUAUCAACGACACUUUUAUGGUUAACACACUGUGGAUAUAAAUUGUUUCAAUUAAAUCGUUAUGACAACUAUCAGUAAUUUGUGUUUUGGUUAUUCAAUUGUUUAAGUUAAUUUUGUGCUUCUCAGAGAGAGUCAAUAAUCAUCCCUUAAUAUUAAAACAUCUCCAUUAAUUGUUAUCAUCAAAGUGAUUUAGUUUAUUUCGUCAAAUCAACUUUUCGCAUGUUUCAUUUGUUGGAUGAUUUCGUACGUUCAAAAAUCAAUGUUAUCGAACUAUCAACUUAAUUUAAUUACUUUUAACAUAACGGAUCUUAAAUUGUGUUUUAUAUCAUUAACAGUGAAUACAUAUUGAUCAAAUCCAUAAGGUUUACUACAAUAUCUUUAACUUUCGUUAAUCAACCAAUUGUUGAUCUUUAGUUAUUCGUAAUUAUCAAAAUUUAUCGACUUUUAUUUUUGUACAUUCACUUGGAUUUCAUCGUCAUUUAAAAAGAUAUUGAAUAAUUUAUGUAUAAAUUGUUAUUAACUUAUUGGUAACUUUAAAUUGUAACGAGAAUCAAAAUCAACUUAUCAUCACAAGAGGGAAUCAAAGUUUUCAAUCAUCAACAAAAUCAACAAAAAUUAUUUUGUGCAACAAACAAACAAACAAAUCAAAAUCAAAUCAGAAUACAAUAUAUAUAUAUCUCAUUCUAAGAAUUGCUAGAAAAUUGAUUGUUAUCAAAUAUUUACAGAGAAAUUUAUUAUAAAUAUAUUAUAUAUAUAAGUUAAUUAUCAACCUGGAAUUUGGUGGAAAAUGUGGAAUAAUAAAAUGCAUGGGGAAAUUCAAUUCACUCUUCCUGAGCUCAAGGAACUUUCAUCGACUGAUCUCAAAUUUCUGGAGGAAGGGUUGGACGGAGGGGCGACCGCUUUGUGCGACCUUGACACGCUAUUAGAUGGAUUUCAAGCAGAUAAUCUGCUAGAUAAUCCGGGUAGAAUAUUGGAUGUCGGUACUUCAGCACUUCCUCCUUCACCCGCUGAUUCCGGUGUAAGUGAUGUCGAUUCACAUCACAGUUGCAAUGAUGAUCAACACCAAUUAAGCCAACACUUUGGUCAACAUUACUUUUAUCCUUCUGGACCUGGUGGUCAUCAUUCAUCAAAUAACAACUCAACCAGUAAUCACAAUAAUAGUACCAAUUUAAACACCAACAGUAAUAAUUCAACAUCUUCAACCGCCUCAUCAACACCAUCAACCUCCCCAACAACAACAAAUCACCAUCAUCAUCAUCAUCAUCCUCAUCAACAUUCGCCUUCUCCUCAUCACCAUUCACCUCAUCAUCAUAAUGUUAAUAAUCAUCAUCACAAUAACCAUCACCAUUCUCACCACAAUCAUCAUUCACACCAUCGUUCAUCUUCAUCUUCAUCUUCAUCAUAUCUUUCAUCGCAUUCAAAUCAUUCACAAAGCGAGUUAACCCAUCAUCAAGGCAAUCAAGAUAUUACUGUUGGUUCAUCUGGAUUAGGCCUCGGUGUAGCUGAAGAUCUCUCCUAUCACAAUGCAUCGGCAUUGAUGAAGAAAAAGAAAGGACGAAAGCCUAAAGGUUCACCUGAAAGCCUCACUGGUCCCGGUCAAACUCCAGGAGUGGCCGGUGUAUGUCCGAGCUCAACAAAGAGAAAGUCUCGUGAAGGUUCAACUACUUUUCUUUGGGAAUUUUUACUAAAAUUAUUACAGGACAAAGAGUAUUGUCCAAGAUUCAUCAAAUGGACCAACAGAGAGAAAGGUAUAUUUAAAUUGGUUGAUUCAAAAGCCGUUUCUCGUCUAUGGGGUUUACAUAAAAACAAACCGGAUAUGAAUUACGAGACUAUGGGCAGAGCUCUCAGAUAUUACUAUCAGAGAGGAAUCUUAGCCAAAGUUGAUGGUCAACGUUUAGUUUACCAAUUUGUUGAUGUUCCCAAAGAUGUUGUUGAAAUAUCUCAAGAUCCAAAUAAUUUUUAUAAUAACAAAGACGAUUCCAGGAGUGGACUUCCAACUCCAGGCUGUUUGGAAUCUAUUUUACGUUCUGGGAACAUGGGAGGAUUUUGAACAUAUUAAUUGUUCGUAAAACAAAGCAGAUUAAAACGAACCAUUGACAAAAUCCCCAAACACACAACAAAGACUCGAUGUAUUAUUAUAAUUAUAAUUAUUAUUAUUAUUAUCAUCAUCAUUAUUAUUAUUAUUAAUAUUAUUAUUAUAUUAUUA